AUGGCACGCGCUGGAGCUCCUCUCACGCUGCUAGGGCUUGUCGCUCUGCUCCUCACAGUGCUUUUGGCAACGCAACGAGUCGAAGCAGGCCGGUUUCUCCCCAGCGCCGGGAAUCUUCCCACCAACCGCCUUCCACCCGGCUUGAAUUCAGCCGUCGCGGCGGCAGCCGCAGCAGCCAGCAGCAACCCCGCAGCGGCGCUCAAUUCGACGCUCUCGGGUCUCCAGUCGUCCCUCAGCGGCCAGGUCGCGUCUCUCGACGCGCUUCUCAAGAAAUUGCUCGCGCAGAUCUCGGCGGCUCUUAAAAGCAGCCCGUCAGCUGCUGAGGCCGCGCUCCAGGCGCAGAUAUCCGCGUUGCAAGCCAACCUCGCUGCUUUGAACGGGAGCCUCGUCAAUCUGAACGCGCUGAACAUCUCAGGGUCGAAUCUGAACUUCACGGAUUUGAUUUCCCAGAUCUCCGGGAUCCGAUCCAACAUCUCCUCCAUCAGCACCAGCAUCGCCGCUCUGAACAAGGACCUGGCCGGAGUAAUCGGCUCGGGCGCAGGCUCGGGCGCAGGCUUGGGCGGCUUGGGCGUCGGCUCGCGCGUAGGCUCGAUGGGCAUGUCGAGUGCAGCGGCCGGGGCGGCUCCCGUGAUUCGGAACGCGGCGAUCCGCGCGGCGGUGAGGGAGCGCCUGGCGGCUGUGACGCAGCGCGUGGCGGGGCUCAACGGGAACGUGUCCGCCCUCACCGAAACGCUCAACACCUUGAAUGCCGCUCUGAAUGGCGCCCUGAACGGUGGUGGUGUCAAUAGCGGCGCGGUGGGGAAUCUCGCGAACCUUCUUCCCCAGCAGGCGGGCAUGCUGCGUGCCGUGCUGACGUCAUGCAACGGCCUGCUGUCUCUCCAGGCCGGCGCUGCCGACAUUCAGAUCCUCAAGAUUGGCUCGAACUACAUGCUCACAUACUACCUGUACGUAGCAGGAGUGAGCAAGGCCCCGGACUCGCAGGCCAUCUUCAAGGGCAGCGCCUGCGGCAGCGCUGCUGCUUCAGCAGCCCUGGCCCUGCGUGGCACGUGGGUGCCCAUGACCCCUGUGUCCUGGUCGCUGGCCAAUGUCGUCAGGGCCUCCGCUGCUGACGUGGCGGAUGUGCUGGCAGCUGUCCAAGGGAUCACCAACGAUGAACUGUUCCUCGGAUUCUCAGGUGCUGACGGGUCGCUCUCAGGGAGAGUCACUGGUGGGAGGGUGUGA